GCAAGAUCGACGCACUCAUUACCCUCUCACACUCACUUAACUUGCUACGACCCUUUCACUGGCGACCAGAGACUACGUGUAUGCUCUUCCACAUGCUCAUUCGACGCUCACCCUAGUGGCGAUCCCCCGGAUUACUCGACAUUUGCCGUAUGUCUACACUUGCUUCAUACGCUGUCAUUUCUCUCUUCACGAUGAUUGAAUCGGUACACGAACUCUUCCUCGUGUUCACCUUUCAUUGCCCAGCAAACGGUUGCCUUGGCGGGACGCACAAAAGCACUCUCUGUGUACCUUAAGAAUAGGUUACCGGCGUUCCUACGAAUAGAUUGUGUCCACUCAAGGAUCCGGGCGAGACUCUUACGCGCCCGCAAAGCUAGGCCCGCAAACGUCUCUCCCUGCACCAUCCUCAUCUGACAUCUGACAAACUAAUGAGUUGCAACGAGUAUCCGUACAUGUAGCCCGAGAGUUUAAUGUACCCUGCGCUGACUACCUGUGGCCGACCCAAGCUUCCUUAUUACCUCGCAUGCUGCAAGGUGCCCAUUUCUUGCACUAGCAGUCCAGCAAUCGGCCUCGGAGUCUGUUGCUCUCGAGGCCAAGGGCUAGGCCGGGCCUGAAAGUCAAACCGGGGCCCAUUGUCGAUACAGCCAUGCCUCGCAAACGCAACACAGAUUCCAAAGGUACUAGGAUCUAAUAAGAAGAGAGCAUAUCUUCUUGACGUUCGGCGAGAUGCUUCAUUCAUGUACGAGUAACUCAGAGGUGUGCCAUGCUACCUCUAGCCAAGCAAAGACUUGGUCGCUCGCUUGGCGGGGCUCCAACGAAAGCCACCGAAAAAAAGUCGACUCUCUCGAUCACACCUCUAUUGGCCCGCCGCAAGUCUUGGAAAACGAAAGAAACGGGCGCUGGUGAUGGUGAGUGUGUCACCGGCAAGCCAUUCGGUCCAUACCACAAAGGUCGCAAAACCCACGCAACAUGACGUGCCUUAUCGCACUACACAUCCGAUUAGAUGUUUAUAUUAUGAUAUUGAUUGAGAGAUACUCUAUCGUGGACCGAAGACGGUUGUCGAGAUCUGUGAAACUCAAAGCUACUUCCAAAGCCAAGGUCUCACGAUCAAGGACACAAUGUGCAACAUCCUCGUGUACUCGAGCUCACCAUCUAUUGGCUGCGGUGGGUACUUAUCCAGCAACAGCAACAGCAACUCUUCGGUCACCCGAAAUGGCCAAGCGUGCAGAAGAAGUCCGGAGAACCGUGUUGAUCUGAAGUUGAAACUUCGGAUCACACCUCAAUGAUUAAUGAUUGCAAAGCAGCAUGCUCCGUACUAAGGUUGACAUUGCGACGGAGUCACGGAGGUUUGCUUGGCUCCCUCGGAGCGAACAUCUGAACAUUUGAAGCGGCGCAUACAGGAUUGAGCUACCUAUCCAUCUACCUAUCCAUCUCCCUAACCAUCGAAGAGCCAAAGGUGACCUCCACUUAAAUUUGCGCCACCUGAGUACAUUAAAGGUACGUAAAGUACCUCAUAUACCUUACUUACCUACAUCUCGACUCGUCUCACGUUGCGGAUGUGUCUGCCGAGCAAAGGGCACGGCGACAAACCAACGUUGAAACUUUGCAACUCUGUGUUUAAUCCAAAAUCCAGAGUUACGGGCCCUGGCCUGGACGUGAGUCCCGUCAAAAGUCCCUUUCGCAGUCCCAGCUCGGCCGUCCGACACCAGCCUCAAUUUCUGGAUUGAAAUUGAUACAAUUUCCCCUUUACAGAAUCUGGUAUUGGAAGCAACCCCCAUACAAAGCCACAGCACUCCAAGAGACUCACUCGGUUAUCCCAAAGAUGACGACGUCUGAGCGGCUCUUCAUUCCGCUGCGCAAAUGAUCAGUGCUUCGCGGUGGAGGGCGGUGAACAGCUGCCGAGUUUCGGAUUCACGGAGUGUUGAAGCUGACUGGUUCGGGCGAGAGAUGCGGCCCUCCCCGCCUGGCCCGUGAGAUAAGAUGAUACUUUGUGUCGGUGCCCGCGUCACAUAUACCACCAAAGUAUCCCCGAAACAGUUGGCGGGUGCAUGGGGCCCGGGUGACAAAGUGCCCCGCAAAGCCCCAAGCUUCCGGACCCAGGGAGGACUUGAGGCUACGACAUCUCAACUCUAAACACGUAACGUGGCUGGCAUCCCGCUGUUAGGGAAUCUCGGAGCAUCGCCAUCACCUACCCUUUUACGCCUCCCAUCCUCCAUUCGCCUCCGACCGACGGUGCCGAGACGCACUCCGCAGCAUGGCCUCUUGAAAGGCAUUUCCAGAUUCUCCUUUGCAUUCUAUUCGACACUUUGCGACAGGUUUAAUGAUAAAAUAAAGACCCGACAGACAGGACACACGCACACCCCCAAACACUAACUUUUUUUGGCGUGGAUCUACCGCCAAAAUGCCCGACUCGAUCGAUGCUCCGCUGAUGGCCGGCCGCCAGGACCGGGACGACGAGCUUGACUACCGGGACGCGGACGAGGAGGCCGACGUGCUACCCGCGUCCAUGAAGCAUGCACGCCAAUCAGGCCCGAGUCUUUUCGUAUGGCUUCUCACAUUUGCUGCCGGCAUCAGUGGAUUGCUCUUUGGAUAUGACACAGGCGUAAUAUCAGCAACGCUCGUCAAGAUCGACACCUCCCUAUCGAACCGAGUCCUCACGACAUUCGACAAGUCCAUCAUCACCUCCAGUACCGCCCUCUUCGCCCUCCUCGUCUCCCCCUUUUCCUCCAUCGUCGCCGACGCGCUGGGCCGCAAGCGCGUCAUCUUCGUCGCCGACAUCCUCUUCAUCCUCGGCGCCCUGAUGCAGGCCUGGGCCGGCACCGUCACCUCCAUGGUCAUCGGGCGAUCCAUCGUCGGCCUGGCCGUCGGCGCCGCCAGCUUCGUCGUGCCCCUGUACAUUGCCGAGCUCGCGCCCGCCAGCCACCGCGGCCGGCUCGUGACGAUGAACGUCCUUUUCAUCACCCUCGGCCAGGUCGUUGCAUACAUCAUCGGCUGGGCGUUUGCCGAGUACGGCGACCAGUCGACGGGUUGGCGCUGGAUGGUCGGUCUCGGGGCGCUCCCCGCGGCGCUGCAGUGCUCGAUCCUCGCCCUCAUGCCCGAGUCACCGCGCUGGCUCGUCAUGGUGGGCCAGUCGCUCAAGGCCAAGAAGGUCGUCGAGAGGGUGCUGGGGAACACGGUCGGCGGCAUGAGGAACGCCGAGGCGGUCAUCAAGGAGAUUGAGAUUGAGAUCAGGGAGGAGAGGGAGGUUAUGAGGCGCGAGGGUUCGCCGCGCAUGGAGUGGUGGGGAGGCUGGCAGGAGCUGUUCUCCGUCGGGAGGAACAAGCGCGCGCUGGUCAUCACCUGCCUGCUCCAGGGCCUCCAGCAGCUGUGCGGUUUCAACUCGCUCAUGUAUUUCUCGGCGACCAUUUUCAAGAUGGUCGGGUUCGGCACACCCACCCUCACCGCCAUGAGCGUCGCCGUCACAAACUUCAUCUUCACGGUCGCGGCGCUGUGCCUCAUCGACCGCAUCGGCCGACGCAAGAUCCUGCUCUACUCCCUGCCGUUUAUGAUCGCGGGCCUGAUGCUCUCGGCAUACGGCUUCUCCUUCGUCGACCUGCGGCCCGAAACGGCAGCGGCCUCGGAGGGCGGCACGGGCGAGGGGGCGGGCACGGACAGGGGCGCGGCGGUGCUGAUCCUCGUCAGCAUCAUGGGCUACGUCGCGGCGUACGCCCUGGGCCUGGGCAACGUCCCCUGGAUGCAGAGCGAGCUGUUCCCGCUCGCGGUGCGGUCGAUCGGCAGCGGCGUCUCGACGGCGACCAACUGGGGCGCCAACUUUGUCGUCGGCCUGACGUUCCUCCCGCUCAUGGACGCGCUGAGCCCGUCGUGGACCUUUGUGCUCUACGCGCUCGUGUGUCUGGUGGGCUACGGGCUCAUCUGGCGCAUCUAUCCCGAGACGUCGGGGUUGAGUCUCGAGGAGGCAACGAAUCUGCUAGAGAACGGAUGGGGCGUCCGACGAUAGCCUCGAAUUGCCGGCGACGCUCUGGCAUGCAGCAUGGUGCCCAUGGUGUGCAAUUGUGCAUAUGGGGAUCCUUGAUUUUUUCUAUCGAGAGGGGUGGGAUAUCCCCUGGUAUUUUACAUAUUUUAGAUGACAAUAGCGAAUCAAAACAGUCAAUUACACUAAAAUGAUCUUUGCUGUACGGAUGCUAAUUAGAUCGGUAUGGCUAGAAGGAAAAUUCAGAUGUACUCCGUAGAUUACCUACAGUAAGGUAGGUACGGAUAGAGAGG